AUGGGGCUAAGAGUUGCCAGCCUUUUUAUGCUCUGGCUGGCCCUUUCCUAUGCAAAUGAAAUAAGAAAAGGAAGGACAAGAAACCAUGGCCACUAUGUCUGCAGCACUUGGGGAAACAACCAUUUCAAAACUUUUGAUGGAGACAUCUAUCAAUUCCCUGGCAUUUGCGAGUAUAAUUUUGCUUCUGACUGCCGAGAGUCUUACAAGGAGUUCUCUGUCCACAUUCAGCGUGCUCUGAAGAGCGAUAACCACCCUGAGAUCCAGUAUAUUCUGAUAACAAUCAAGGACUUUACAGUGUACCUCAAACCAAAACUGGCAGUGGUGGAUGGGCGGAUUGUGAAGACACCUUACUACAGCUCUGGUGUGCUCAUUGAGAGCAAUGACAUUUACACCAAGGUUUAUGCUAAAUUAGGCCUGACUCUGAUAUGGAAUCAGGAAGAUGCACUGAUGGUGGAGCUGGACAGCAAAUUUAAUAACCAUACAUGUGGUCUCUGUGGGGAUUACAAUGGAGUUCCAAUCUACAAUGAGUUUUUCAAUGGAGCUGCAAGCUACAAUUCAAUUACGUAUGGGAAUUUACAGAAGAUCAGCAAACCCCAUGCCAAAUGUGAAGAUCCUGAUGAAACUCAGGCUCUUCCAAGCUGUAACAGGCAUCGUGAUGAGUGUGAGAGGUUGCUGACCUCCUCUGCAUUUGCUGAUUGUCGGUUACGUCUUAAUUUGGAAAUGUACAUCCAAGCCUGCAUGCAGGACAAGUGUGCAUGCAAUGGAAAUGAGGACUCCUUCUGCCUCUGCAGCACCAUCUCUCAGUAUUCUCGCCAGUGUUCGCAUGCAGGUGGCCGGCCGGGUGAAUGGAGGACACAGUACUUUUGCCCCAAGACCUGUCCUGAUACCAUGAUCUAUAAAGAAAGCAGUUCACCCUGCAUGGAUACUUGCUCACACUUGGAGAUCAGCAGCCUUUGUGAGGAACACUACAUGGAUGGUUGUUUCUGCCCUGAAGGAACUGUGUAUGAUGAUAUUACUGAAAAAGGCUGCAUACCUGCUAGUCAGUGCCACUGCAAACUCCAUGGAAAGGAGUAUUCACCUGGAGAAAGCAUUACCAAUGAAUGUGAAGAAUGCACCUGUGAUUCAGGCAGGUGGACGUGCAAAGAUCUACCCUGUCCAGGCACAUGUUCACUGGAAGGAGGUUCCCAUAUUACCACCUUUGAUGGGAAGAAAUACACCUUCCAUGGAGACUGUUACUAUGUGUUAGCCAAGGGUACUGUAAAUGACAGUCAUGCUCUCCUGGCAGAGCUGGCUCCCUGUGGCUCCACAGACAGGCAAACCUGUUUGAAGACUGUUGUGCUGUUAGUAGACCACAAAAAAAAUGUGGUGGUUUUCAGAUCAGAUGGCAGUGUGUUACUGAAUGACAUGACAGUGAAUGUGCCUCAUGUGUCAGCCAGCUUCUCAGUAUUCAAGCCAUCUUCCUACUACCUUGUUGUACACACUUCUUUUGGGCUUCAGCUGCAGAUCCAGUUGUUUCCAGUCAUGCAGCUGUUUGCAACUGUGGAUCAAUCAGUUCAAGGAAAACUUCAAGGUCUUUGUGGAAACUUUAAUGGAAUGGAAGGUGAUGACUUUAAAACAGCCAGUGGGCUGGUAGAAGCUACAGGAUCUGCCUUUGCUAACACAUGGAAAGCUCAGUCCACUUGUACAGACCAGGUAGAAAAGCUGGAAGACCCCUGCAGUCUCAGCAUUGAAAGUGCAAAUUAUGCUGAGCAUUGGUGUUCUUUGCUGAAAAACUCAGACGGUCCUUUUGCAAGAUGUCACUUAAUCAUUGAUCCUUCAGACUACUAUAAGAAAUGUAAAUAUGACACCUGCCUCUGCGAACACAAUGAAGAAUGCUUGUGUGCUGCCCUGUCCUCUUAUUCAAGAGCCUGUGCUUUCAAAGGGAUCAUACUGGGAGGCUGGAGAAAAAGUGUCUGCAGUAAUGAAGUGUCUGCCUGCCCAGGAAAUCAAAUCUUCCUUUACAACCUUACAAUGUGCCAGCAAACCUGUCGUUCCCUUGCUGAUGGUGAAAAACAUUGCUUGCAAGACUUUGCUCCUGUGGAUGGCUGUGGCUGCCCAUAUAAUACAUACUUGGAUAACCAGGGUACCUGUGUGCCCAUCUCCAAGUGCCCAUGUUUUUACAAGGGAUCAUACUUGGUACCAGGGGAAUAUGUCACAAAAGAUGGAGAACGUUGUGUUUGCCGAAAUGCAAAGGUCCAGUGUACUUCAGUGACAAUAAGAACGAAGAAUGCCACAGAAUGUUCUUCUAACAAGAUGUACUUUGACUGCAAUGCAUCCCCGAAGUGGACUUCACAAACACCUGUACAACUUAGCUGUCAUACUCCUCGAACUGAUCAUUUCCAGGCAGAGUGUGUCUCAGGCUGUGUGUGUCCUGAAGACCUAUUUGAUGAUGGGAAAGGGGGCUGUGUUGAGGAGAAGGACUGCCCAUGCAUUCAUAACAACCAGUGGUAUUCUCCUGGACAGAAGAUAACAGUGGACUGCAACACCUGUACCUGCCAAAAAGGGGUUUGGAGCUGCACUGAAUAUGUGUGCUAUGGGACUUGUAUGAUAUAUGGAAGUGGCCAUUAUAUCACCUUUGAUGGAAAAUUCUAUGACUUUGAUGGGAGUUGUGAAUAUGCGGCUACUCAGGAUUUUUGUGGCGACAAAAAUUCCAGCAGCUCAUUCAGUAUCAUCACAGAGAAUGUCCCUUGUGGAACUACAGGAGUCACCUGCUCAAAAGCUAUUAAAAUGUUUCUAGGGAAAACAGAACUGAAAUUGGAGAACAAAGAUUAUAAAGAAAUUCAGCGAGAUAUUGGUGAUGAUGUGCAUUAUUGGAACAGGACAGUAGGCCUCUACCUCGUUAUUGAGGCUAGCAAUGGUGUGAUGCUUAUCUGGGAUAAGAAGACUACUGUUUUCAUCAAGUUGACCCCUGAUUACAAAGGCAAAGUGUGUGGUCUGUGUGGCAACUUUGAUGACAAGUCUAACAACGACUUUACAACAAGGAGUGGGCUGCAGGAGACUAAUGCUCUGAAGUUUGGGAAUUCCUGGAAACAGUCUUCCAUGUGCCCAGAUGUCACACAAGAGAUUAAGCCCUGUGAUGUGAAACCACAUCGGAAGUCCUGGGCAGAGAAAGAAUGCAGCAUCAUCCGGAGUGAAGUCUUUAAAAUUUGUCACUCCAAGGUGGACCCAAUUCCUUUCUAUGAAGCUUGUGUUCAUGAUGCCUGUUCUUGUGACAGUGGUGGAGAUUGUGAGUGCUUCUGUUCUGCAGUUGCUGCAUAUGCUCAAGAAUGUACCAAGGCUCAGGCCUGUGUUUUCUGGAGAACUCCUGAUAUAUGCCCGAUAUUUUGUGACUACUACAACCCUCGUAAUGAGUGUGACUGGCACUAUGAGCCUUCUGGCAGUAAUGUCAUGACCUGCAGGAUGAUUAAUAAUGUCAGCACCAACUUUUCAGUACCAUACCUGGAAGGUUGCUACCCCAGAUGCCCUAAGGACAAGCCUGUUUAUAAUGAAGAGACAAAGGAAUGUGUGCCUGAAGAUCAAUGUUGGUGUUACAUCAAUGGAAUACCUUUUGUCCCUGGGAAUGAAAUACCCACAGAAGACAACUGUACAAAAUGUUUCUGUGACCCCUCAGGAUCCAUACAGUGUACACCAAUCCCAGGGUGUCCUUGUGUCAUCAAUGGAACGCAUUAUAAAGUGGGUGAACCUGUGGCACAAAUACAGGAUGGCAACAUAUGUAUAACAUACGUUUGUGCAGAAAAUGGUUCUAUAGUUGUUGGAAGUACUUAUCCUUGUCCAACAUCUACUUCACCUACAACCAUUUCAACCUCCUUUCCUACCAGUACUCUUACCACCACAGUUACCACUACAAGCCCUCCAGUAACUACAACUCCAUGCUUUGGAUUAAUCUGUAAUUGGACUGAAUGGUUUGAUGUUAGUAAACCUGAAGAAUAUGGCGGUGACUAUGAAACCUACGAUGCAAUAAGAAGUGAACAUGGAAACAAAAUAUGUGAAGCUCCUGACAGAAUUGAAUGCAGGGCUAAAGAUAGGACCGAUGUGAGCUUAGAGGAACUUGGACAGAAAGUAGAGUGUAAUGUUACAUACGGACUAAUCUGUAAAAAUGAGGAGCAAGAUGCAACUCUGUGGCAACUUUGCUAUAAUUAUGAAAUCAGGGUAAACUGUUGUGAGUGGCAUGAAAUUUCUUGUGAGACUACAAGUACACUGAGUCCAACACCAACUGCAACUUCAACCACCACCAGCACAACAGUACCCAUCACGACUACAGCCAGGCAGCCAACAACACUUACCACCAUGCCCAUACCCACCCCAACCAUCACAAGCGAAUUCACACCAUCAGUCACCACCCCAGUAACUUCAACCUCUCCAGCCCCACCUUCGUCCACAGUGAGCACAGUGUCCCUUCCACCCACACGGACAACUAUUCCCACGCCAACACCAUCGGAGCCUCCCAGCACCACCCGAAUACCGACAAAGACAAGUACUACAGUUAUUCCUUCAGCUACCUCACUGCAAACAACUAGAACGACGGAAAUACAAAGUACAGUGUCUACCAUGGGCACCACUAUUCAACAGUCAACACUGUCAGCAUCAACAAGUCCAGUGACAGUCACCACCUCUGGAGUCACUGAAACAGGAUCGACCACCAAAACCACCACUUCGGGCCCCACCUCCUCCGGACCCACUCCCCAGAGCACCACAAUAGUAACGGAAACAUCUAGCCAUGAGACCACUACCACCACGACUGGGAGCCCUCCGACAGGAUCACUUGUCAGCACCGUCAGCACCACAAGCUCAGGAACACCCUCCCCAGAGCCUACAGCCAGCACUACUGUAUCAACACCAUCAACAUCAACAAGCCCAAUGACAGUCACCACCUCUGGAGUCACUGAAACAGGAUCGACCACCAAAACCACCACUUCGGGCCCCACCUCCUCCGGACCCACUCCCCAGAGCACCACAAUAGUAACGGAAACAUCUAGCCAUGAGACCACUACCACCACGACUGGGAGCCCUCCGACAGGAUCACUUGUCAGCACCGUCAGCACCACAAGCUCAGGAACACCCUCCCCAGAGCCUACAGCCAGCACUACUGUAUCAACACCAUCAACAUCAACAAGCCCAAUGACAGUCACCACCUCUGGAGUCACUGAAACAGGAUCGACCACCAAAACCACCACUUCGGGCCCCACCUCCUCCGGACCCACUCCCCAGAGACCCCCCACCAAAACCACCACUUCGGGCCCCACCUCCUCCGGACCCACUCCCCAGAGCACCACAAUAGUAACGGAAACAUCUAGCCAUGAGACCACUACCACCACGACUGGGAGCCCUCCGACAGGAUCACUUGUCAGCACCGUCAGCACCACAAGCUCAGGAACCCCCCCCCCAGAGCCUACAGCCAGCACUACUGUAUCAACACCAUCAACAUCAACAAGCCCAGUGACAGUCACCACCUCUGGAGUCACUGAAACAGGAUCGACCACCAAAACCACCACUUCGGGCCCCACCUCCUCCGGACCCACUCCCCAGAGCACCACAAUAGUAACGGAAACAUCUAGCCAUGAGACCACUACCACCACGACUGGGAGCCCUCCGACAGGAUCACUUGUCAGCACCGUCAGCACCACAAGCUCAGGAACACCCUCCCCAGAGCCUACAGCCAGCACUACUGUAUCAACACCAUCAACAUCAACAAGCCCAAAGAACAGUCCCACCUCUGGAGUCACUGAAACAGGAUCAAUCAUCCCUUCAGGGCCCACCCCCUCCAGACCCCCUCCCCAGAGCACUACAAUAGUAACGGAAACAGGUAGCCCAAUGACAACAACUGCAACUCGCACUACUCCAACAAGACCAACUUCCACCAACACCAUGACUUCAGGACCACCCUCCCCAGAGCCUACAGCCAGCACUACUUUAUCUCUGCCAUCAGCAUCAACCAGGCCUGUGUCAGUCACCACUUCUGGUACAACUCGAACAGAAUCUUUUACCACCACUUCAGAAACAACCUCUAGUAAUUUUACCACAGUCACUGCAACCACCACCACCACCACCUCCGGAAUUGUUUCCUCUGGCUCAACUAGUACUUCUCGGCCAACUGCAACAUCAAGUGCAGUGACCAUUCCAGGAAGUUCUACGUACAGUACAGUUACUCCACUCAGUGCUUCAGGUUCAACUACAAGUCUACCACCAACCACUCCUGGAAGUAAUUGUUCUAUUUUACCUAAUGAAUCUUAUGUGCCAGGUGAGUCAUGGUGGCUCUGUAACUGCACUAAGGCAAUAUGUAUAGAAGACAAUAUAAUCCAGGUGGUUCCCAUAAUCUGUAAUCCACCUCCUAAACCUACAUGUGCCAAUGGGCUUUCUCCUGUGCAAGUCAUUGAUGAGGAUGGAUGCUGUUGGCACUGGGAGUGUGAUUGCUACUGCACUGGCUGGGGAGACCCACAUUACAUGACUUUUGAUGGACUGUACUACAGCUAUCAAGGGAAUUGUACAUACGUCCUUGUGGAAGAGAUUUAUAAGAAAGUUGACAACUUUGGUGUCUACAUUGAUAACUACCAUUGUGAUACACGGGAUUUAGUCUCCUGUCCUCGAACGCUCAUUGUGAGACACGAGACUCAGGAAGUGCGCAUAGCAACAGUCAAACCAAAUACUCUACAAGUAAAGGUGACAGUAAACAAACAAGCAGUGGCUUUGCCUUAUAAAAAAUUUGGCUUGAGCAUCUAUGAGUCAGGCAUAAAUCGUGUAGUGGAAAUUCCUGAACUAAAAAUGAAUGUGACUUACAAUGGCUUGUCCUUUUCUAUCAGAAUGCCCUACAGCCUGUUUGGCAACAACACUCAUGGACAGUGUGGUACUUGCAAUAACAACACAGCAGAUGACUGCAUGUUGCCGAAUGGUAACAUUGCAGAAAACUGUGAAACCAUGGCAGAUCAUUGGCAAGUUGUUGAUCCCUCCAAACCACAGUGCUCUCCAGGCCUAAUUCCUACAAAAGCACCUAGCACAACCCCGAUGCAGCCUUGCAAAGAAUCUUCCAUCUGCAAGCUUCUUUUGGGAAGUCUGUUCGAGCCAUGCCAUGGCUUUGUCCGGCCUGAAAAGUACUAUGCAGCCUGCGUUUUUGAUAGCUGUGUACUUCCCAACUUAGACCUGGAAUGCUCAAGUCUGCAGGUCUAUGCUGCCACCUGUGCUGAUCAAAGUGUAUGCAUUGACUGGAGAAGUCAUACCAAUGGUGUUUGCUGCACUUAUAAAUGCCCCUCAGAUAAAGAAUACAAAGCAUGUGGUCCUAUUAAAGAGAUAACCUGCAAAUCAAGUCAACAAAACGAAACUUCAACUAAACAAAUGGAAGGCUGUUUCUGUCCUAAUGGAACAAUGCUGUAUGACUCUGGUGUGGAUGUCUGUGUGAAAACUUGUGGCUGUCUUGGAUUGGAUAAGAUACCAAGAGAGUUUGGGGAAAAGUUUACAGUAGACUGUCAGGACUGUAUUUGCCUGGAAGGUGGAAAUGGCAUUGUAUGUGAGCCUCAUGAAUGUGCCAAACAAAAUAAGACCAGUUGUGAUGGAGAAGGCUUCUAUGAGGCCAAUGAAGUCAAUUCUGAAGACUCCUGCUGCCCCAUUGUCACCUGCAAAUGCAAUACAAGCUUGUGCACAACUAAAGCCCCCAAGUGUACAGUGGGAUUUGAAGUUCAUUCUCAUAUUCCCAGUGGCCAGUGCUGUCCUGUGUACCAGUGUGUUCCCAAGAGGGUUUGUGUACAUCAGAAUGCUGAGUUCUUGCCUAAUUCCUCGGUCUUUGUUGAUAAGUGUCAGAAUUGUUUCUGCACUAACGAAGUUAACGUCAGCACUCAACUGAAUAUCAUCUCAUGUGAACAUAUUCCAUGCAACACAUAUUGUGAACCAGGGUAUGAACAUCAACCAGUGAAAGGUGAAUGUUGUGGAAGAUGCGUGCAGACUAAGUGUGUUAUACAUACAGCAAACAAUUCUGACCUCAUCUUGAGUCCUGGAGAGUUUACAAGUGAUCCUUACAACAACUGCACCAUUUAUAGCUGUGUAAAUAUCCAUAACCAGCUUCUCUCUUCCACAUCUGAGAUUACCUGCCCAGCAUUCAAUGAGGAGAGCUGCAAACCUGGAACUAUUACCUUCUUACCUAAUGGUUGUUGCAAAACCUGUGUACCUCUGGAUAGUCCCACACCGUGUUCUGUCCGUCAAAGAAAAGACUUUAUCGUCUAUAAGAGCUGCCGUUCUGUGGACAGAGUUGUCAUGACUGAAUGUGAAGGAACAUGUGGAACCUUCUCACUAUACUCUGCUGAUGCCAAUUCUAUGGAGCACAGCUGUUCUUGCUGCAGGGAAUCAAGGACUACUGUGAGGGAAGUGGAACUGAAAUGCCCCACUGGGCAUUCAAUUUCCCAUAAGUAUAUAUAUGUGGAAAGCUGCAGCUGUCAAGACAGUGAAUGCUUACAAUCCAGUGAGUUGCAGAGCACAGAAGAAAAUGACAAGGCGAGCACUCUGAACCCUAUCAAGAGGGCCAUCAGCUUAACAUCAAAAUGA